AGGUGGAGAGGAAGAGCUGCCGGAAGUAGACGGCAGGGGUGGUGGCGGAGCAGUCGGCAGCUGCCUGGGAAACCGAGGCCCUGGACGCACCGCACGCAGACAGGCAGGGAGGCCGGGUGGUAGUCUCCGUGCCCAGCAACCACAGGCCCGAGACCACCCUUUGCAUGAGCUGAGGGUCCCUGGUCCGGCAGCUUUCUCUGGACUCAAGCCUUUCCCUAAGCCCACCAGGGGGCGCCGCGCUGAGGGGCUGCUGAGUAGGGGGCGGGCGCGGCUGUCCGGAGAAGGGGCUCGGGCCGGAGGAGAAGGCUCUGCCCCGCUCAGGAGUUACCCCUGGGCGGGGGAGCGGUAGUCUUCACCUACAGACUGAAGCAAGGUUUCUGGGGGCAAGGAGGGCACGUUGCCCUCUGCCCCCGCCGGCACCCUGGCCAUGACGGGCAAGUCGGUGAAGGACGUGGAUCGGUACCAGGCAGUCCUGGCCAACCUACUGUUGGAGGAGGAUAACAAGUUUUGUGCGGACUGCCAGUCUAAAGGGCCGCGAUGGGCCUCCUGGAACAUUGGUGUGUUCAUCUGCAUUCGAUGUGCUGGAAUCCACAGGAAUCUGGGGGUGCACAUAUCCAGGGUAAAGUCAGUUAACCUUGACCAGUGGACUCAAGAACAGAUUCAGUGCAUGCAGGAGAUGGGGAAUGGGAAGGCCAACCGACUUUAUGAAGCCUACCUUCCUGAGACCUUCCGGCGACCUCAGAUAGACCCAGCUGUUGAGGGAUUUAUUCGAGAUAAAUAUGAGAAGAAGAAAUACAUGGACCGAAGUCUGGACAUCAAUGCCCUUAGGAAAGAAAAAGAUGACAAGUGGAAAAGAGGGAACGAGCCAGCUCCAGAGAAAAAAGUGGAGCCUGUCGUUUUUGAGAAAGUGAAAAUGCCACAGAAAAAAGAAGACCCACAGCUACCUCGGAAAGGCUCCCCGAAAUCCGCAGCGCCCGUCCUGGAUUUGCUGGGCCUUGAUGCUCCUGUGGCCUGCUCCAUUGUGAGUAGUAAGACCAGCAAUACCCUAGAGAAGGACUUAGAUCUUCUGGCUUCUGUUCCAUCCCCCUCUUCUUCGGGUUCCAGACAGGUUGUAGGUUCCAUGCCAACUGCAGGGAGCGCCGGCUCUGUCCCUGAGAACCUGAACCUGUUUCCAGAGCCAGGGAGCAAAUCCGAAGAAGCGAGCAAGAAGCAGCUCUCUAAAGACUCCAUCCUCUCACUGUACGGGUCCCAGACGCCGCAGAUGCCUGCCCAAGCAAUGUUCAUGGCUCCUGCUCAGAUGGCAUAUCCCACAGCCUACCCCAGCUUCCCUGGGGUUGCACCCCCCAACAGCAUAAUGGGGAGCAUGAUGCCCCCACCAGUAGGCAUGGUGGCUCAGCCAGGAGCCUCCGGGAUGGUUGCCCCCAUGGCCAUGCCUGCAGGCUACAUGGGCGGAAUGCAGGCACCAGUGAUGGGUGUGCCGAACGGAAUGAUGCCCGCCCAGCAGGCUGGCUACAUGGCAGGCAUGGCAGCCAUGCCCCAGACUGUGUACGGGGUUCAGCCAGCCCAGCAGCUGCAGUGGAACCUUACUCAGAUGACCCAGCAGAUGGCAGGGAUGAACUUCUGUGGAGCCAAUGGCAUGCUGAGCUAUGGACAGUCGAUGAGCGGUGGAAAUGGACAGGCAGCAAAUCAGACUCUCAGCCCUCAGAUGUGGAAAUAAAAACAGAACACCUGGGGGCUGCCCCUCUGCUCCGCCCUCUCUGCCCCUUGCUCCUGCUUCCCCAACUCUUUUAGCCCAUCCCCUUCUACCUCUCUCAGUUUGGUUUAGAAAUUGCUCAGUCUGUCGUUUGGGAUUUGGCAUUCUGCCCAGCCCAGCCACUUCCCAAACACACAGACCUCUCUGUUGCUUUCCGUUGUACGUGUCCCCGAGCUAUCCUGACCUCCUCCCCAGCAACCCCAGUGCUCCCCCGCACCAGCACCUUAGGAAUUGUUGGCAGAAGGCACUUAAUACUGUGGAAGAAAUGUGCACACUUUUGAGUACCUUUCCCACAAGGCAGCCCUCCUUUCAGACUGUCAGAGGGGCCUGUAGGUAUUGUUUUAGGCAAAGAGGGGAGGGUUUAGAGCUACUUCCAUGUGUGUUAAUAAACUAUUUCUACAUGUUUAAAUUAUUGGUUAAAGCGGGAAGCAUCAUGCUCCCAUGAUUUAUGGGAAUUAAGAAUGUACUGAAAUCCAAUUUAAUACUUCUUGGGCCUUAGAUCAGGUUGGGCCUAGCUCUGGGGAGAGACGAACCCCCGUCUGUGAGGAUGAGCAAAAGUGUUACCCUCCUAAACUUGGAACUGCUUUCUGGAUCUGAGGUGUCGGGACUCGCUGCUUCAGUCAGCCUUUAUUAGCACCAAAGACUCCGGGAAGGCCCCACAAAAACACACAGCCCUGUCCCUGCCUCCAUCUUGCCUGUGGUAGGAUCCGGCUCCGCGGCUGGAGAUCCAGCCCCACCAGAGGGAACGCAGAGCUUAACAUGUGCACUGCGUGUGCGUGCGUGCGUGUGUGUGUGUGUGUGUUCCGCCUCCCACUCUCUCCCCAUCUGCUCUGGGUAUUUUUGUUUUUGUUUUUUCAGGUUUAGGUUUACAACAGAGAGGAAACAAUUUAUCAACAGCCUGAGACUGUUGCCAGUUUUUCUUACAGUUUAAAAAAAAAAUGUAAUCUCACUGAUGGCUCUCUUCCUCCUUUCCCCUCCCCCAACCUGCCAAUCCCUCUUUCAUACCUGUGAGUCCCUGGCUGCCCCGUUUCCCCACCUGCUCCAGGUGUAUGAGGCAGAGAGCCUGGACAGCUUUCCUCUCAGUCACUCUUCACCCCACUUGAAAAUUAAAACAAGAAAACUUUGCUUCAAAGAUUUCAUUCAUGGGAACCACAAUUCCUGGUUGCCUUCCUCCUGUGUAUGUGUAAAUUCCUUAAUAAAUAUUGCAGGGAAGGACUG